CUCUCUCUCUCUCUCAGUUGGGUUUGGUUUUGAUCUGUGUGUUUCUUCAUCAAGAUGGUUAUUUCUGAUGAGAACUGUGCUAAUCUUGUCAGACCCACAAAUGUUCGAGGGGGAGUAGAUAUGGGUAACAGGAAGAUUGGGCAUAACAGGAGGGCAUUGGGUGUUAUUAAUCAGAGUCUGAUUGGAGCUAAGCCGUACCCUUGUGUUGUUAACAAGAGAGGCUUUCCUGGAAAGCACGAGAUCUGUGAAAAGAAGCAGGCAGAUCCGGCGCAUAGACCGAUUACAAGGAAGUUUGCUGCUGCACAAAUUGAAAGUACUCAGCAAUUGAUUCAAGAGGAAAUUAAGAAACCCUCAGAUAGUUUUGGAGAUUGUAUAUUCAUAGAUGAGGAAUUCAAGUCACCUGAAGAACAGGCUGACCAGCCAGAGCCAAUGUUCUUAGAACAACCAGAAGCAAUGCCUAAUGAAGCCAAUGAUAUGAAGGAGGUUGAAAUGGAGGACAUCAUGGAGGAGCCACUUGUAGACAUUGAUAGCUGUGAUUUAAAGAACCCACUUGCUGUUGCAGAGUAUGUUGAGGAUCUUCAUACUUAUUACAGGAAAAUGGAGGGUUCUAGCUGUGUCCCGCCUGAUUAUCUGGAACAACAAUUUGACAUCAAUGAGAAGAUGAGGGCUAUACUUAUUGACUGGCUUAUUGAGGUGCACCACAAGUUUGAACUCCUGGACGAGACAUUGUUUCUUACUAUUAAUCUCAUAGAUAGAUUUUUAUCCCAACAAACAGUAGUGCGGAAGAAACUUCAGUUAGUUGGUCUGGUUGCCAUGCUUUUAGCUUGCAAGUAUGAAGAAGUUUCUGUGCCUGUUGUGGGCGAUUUGAUUCUUAUAUCCGACAAGGCUUACACAAGGAAGGAAAUUCUGGAAAUGGAGAGCUUGAUCCUCAACACAUUACAAUUUAACAUGUCAGUUCCAACACCAUAUGUCUUCAUGAAAAGGUUCCUCAAGGCUGCUCAAUCUGACAAAAAGCUUGAACUUCUAUCCUUCUUCCUGAUCGAGCUCUCUCUUGUUGAGUAUGAGAUGCUUAAGUUCUCGCCAUCUUUGUUGGCUGCUAGUGCAGUCUACGCUGCUCAGUGUACUCUUUAUGGUUUCAAGCAGUGGAGUAGAACCUGUGAGUGGCACACAAACUACUCGGAAAAUCAGCUUUUAGAAUGCUCAAGGUUGAUGGUUGGUUUCCACCAAAAGGCAGCAACAGGGAAACUCACAGGGGUACACAGGAAGUUCUGUACAUCCAAGUUUGGCUUCAUUGCGAAUUGUGAACCUGCGGAGUUUCUCUUACAGACCCAAUUAUAGCAAGGCAUAUACUACUAACCUUACAUGACAUUUGUAAUUGGGUUGAGGGUGGGGGGAAUAUGCACAUAAUAAUUCAGCAACUGUGGUUGCACCUGGGAAUUGGUAUUCUAGAUUUCUAAGCUUGCAGCCUCA